CUCUCUGAAACACCGCUUCAUUUCUCUCUCUCCCUCAAAAGCCACCGCUCCAGGUAUUUCUGUCUCUGCAAAAAACCCUAAUUUUCCUCCCUUUAGAAACACCCGUCCUCUAUCUCUGCAGAAACCCUAAUUUUCUUCUCAUCGCGUUCCUGCAAACAGCUUGAAGAGCUUAAAGAACGAGGAGAGGUGAUGGGAGUCCCGGCGUUCUACCGAUGGCUGGCGGAUCGAUACCCGCUCUCGAUCUCGGACGUUGUCGAGGAAGAACCCGUCGAGGGCGAGAAUGGAUUCCUUCUCCCGAUUGACGUCUCGAGACCAAACCCUAAUGGCUUCGAAUUCGACAACCUCUACCUUGACAUGAAUGGCAUCAUCCAUCCCUGCUUCCAUCCCGAAGGAAAACCUGCGCCUGCCACUUAUGACGAUGUGUUUAAAUCUAUUUUUGAUUACAUUGAUCAUCUCUUCACGUUGGUUCGCCCAAGAAAGCUUCUGUACAUGGCUAUUGAUGGUGUUGCGCCAAGGGCUAAAAUGAAUCAACAACGCUCUAGGCGUUUCAGAGCUGCAAAAGAUGCGGCUGAGGCGGAAGCUGAAGAGGAAAGACUAAGACAGGAGUUUGAGGCGGAAGGGAGAAUUCUCUCUCUUAAGGAGAAAGCUGAAACAUCUGACUCAAAUGUCAUUACUCCUGGGACUCAAUUCAUGGCUGUGCUGUCUGUUGCCCUGCAAUACUACAUUCACUUGAGGCUGAAUCGUUCUUUUGGCUGGCAGUGUACUAAGGUUAUACUGUCUGAUUCAAACGUUCCUGGUGAGGGUGAACACAAAAUAAUGUCCUACAUCAGGUUGCAACGCAAUCUUCCUGGUUUCAAUCCCAACACACGACACUGUCUUUAUGGAUUGGAUGCAGAUCUAAUUAUGCUGUCUUUAGCCACUCACGAGGUUCACUUCUCAAUUUUAAGAGAGGUGAUCUCCCUGCCAGGGCAACAGGAGAAAUGCUUUCUUUGUGGUCAAGUCGGACAUUUGGCGGCUGAAUGCCGAAGCAAUUCAAGUGAUCAGGAGGGGCAGUCAAAUGAGACAGAUGACACCCCGAUUCAUAAAAAGAAAUACCAGUUUCUCAACAUCUGGGUUUUGCGAGAGUACUUAGCAUAUGAUCUGGAGAUACCUGACCCACCAUUUGAGAUAAACUUUGAACGAGUGGUGGAUGAUUUUGUCUUCUUAUGUUUCUUUGUUGGCAAUGAUUUUCUUCCUCACAUGCCUACAUUGGAAAUCCGUGAGGGUGCAAUAAAUUUGCUGAUGUUUGUUUAUAAAAAGGAGUUUGCAGCUAUGGGUGGCUAUCUUACUGAUGCCGGUGAGGUAAUAUUGGAGAGUGUAGAGCAUUUUGCUCAGUCAGUUUCUGUAUACGAAGAUCAAAUAUUUCAAAAAAGAGCUCGUAUUCAGCAGGCACAAGAGAAUAAUGAAGAGUUGAAACUUAGAAUGAAGAGAGAGAAUUCUGAGGAAUCCAAAGCUUCAGUUUCAGACAAGGUGAAAUUAGGAGAACCUGGUUACAAGGAAAGAUACUAUGCAGAGAAAUUUGACUUAUCAAAGCCAGAGAUGAUUGAUGAUGUCAGAAGAGACGUUGUCUUAAAGUAUGUAGAAGGCCUUUGCUGGGUCAUGAGAUAUUACUACCAAGGUGUCUGCUCUUGGCUAUGGUUCUACCCAUAUCAUUAUGCUCCCUUUGCAUCCGAUCUUAAAAACUUGGCUGAUCUGGAGAUCACAUUUUUCUUGGGACAGCCUUUCAAACCCUUUGAUCAACUAAUGGGAACGCUGCCAGCCGCCAGUUCAAAUGCAUUACCUGAGCAUUACCGGACACUGAUGACUGAUCCAGUAUCACCUUUAAGUUCUUUCUACCCUGCAGAUUUUGAGAUAGAUAUGAAUGGUAAACGCUAUGCAUGGCAGGGUGUUGCGAAGUUGCCAUUCAUUGAUGAGAGACGACUUCUUGCUGAAACAAAGAAGCUGGAGGGCACGUUAACAGAAGAAGAGAGGGCUAGAAAUAGAAUGAUGCCAGAUUUACUUUUUGUGUAUGAGAGUCAUCCUUUAGCUGCAUCAAUUUUCUCUCUAUACCAAUUGCUCUACCAUUCACCAAUGCAAGGAAUACAUCCUUUUGAAAUGGACACAGAUGCCAGUAAUGGAAUGAAUGGCUAUCUUUGGUUAUGUGAGAGGAACAUAUACAGGAGAGUAAUCCCUUCCCCACUUAAGGGGUUGGGAGACAUUGACAAUAAUCGAGUGCUAAAUGCUACUUAUCUUAAUCCUCCAGCCCACCAGCACAUUCCAGAACCUCCCAAAGGUGUAAUCAUGCCAGCAAAGAUUCUAAGGCCUUAUGAUAUAAAACCUUUCCCUGUGCUAUGGCAUGAAGACAAUGGUGGACGGCGUCAUCAUGCCAAAGAAAGCCAAUGUAGCUCCAACUACAAGGUUUGAAGAUUCAACUCAGAUGCUUUGCCUGACCUGAAUCUAAGUUACUUGAAACUUGGUGGAGCUUACAGAUUUUAUCUUUUUUCAAGAGAGAUGCUUGAGUACUCUCAGAGAACUACAAGUUGCAGUGCUCCUUUUGCAUCAGUUCACUUAGCUUAGUUGAUUGAUCCAACUGUCCAUUGAGUUCAGAAACAUUACAUAGGCUACCAUACAAAACUCUUACUGAUGGGAUGUUUACAGUUGCCUAACAGAAAUGAUAGUUAAGUGGACCUAUUUUUGUGAUCCUAACCGUCGGUAUUAAAUACCUUUGAUCAAAUGAUUCUUAUUUUUCAGAUCAGUGUGAUGUUUGCAUGGUAGCGCAUGAAAUGUGCACUGUUCCUAAUGAACAAUCUAGAUCAAUGGAUUGGACUGUCUCCCAUUGUGACUAAGAGCUCUAUAACAUAUAGUGCUUUUCAACUUUAAAGAACACAUGAUGUAGUUUGAGUAAUUGGCAAAUUCUCAUUUAUUUUUGUAAUUGAGAACUCAUUGAUUGUAAUCAACCUAUGUAAUAGACUAUUAGAUUGCGCUUGAUUGUCAUCAACCUAUGUAAUAGCCUAUUACAUUGCGCCUGUGGAAGUUUUAUGCCCUCAUUGUUGGUCUCCAGCCUGGAUAAAGAGGAAGGUUGUGUCAGGUUGGCAGGCAGUGUCAAACUUAUGCCAAGACUUCCAACAUGAAUCUGAACAAUAUGACAUUUCAAACUCAUAUUAGGGCAUUCCUGGUAAGCAACAUUCUACAUUGGAACCCGGGUACAAUGAGAAAUAUGCAAGGGUUGGAUGGGGCGUCCCCCAGAAGUGACAUGCCGCAACAGUGCCCAAUUGUUGGUAGAAGUCGGCAAGGGUUCCCACGUCAUUCUCAAUUCGUGUGGGGUAAAGAAGCUAGUUCCGGAGAGAUAGGAUUCGUCUUGCUACAUGGUAAAUAGGAAUAUUAACAGAUAAGAGUAUUGAGUAAGUAGAUAUGGUAAAAUGACUUAUGUUUUGGAAACCAAGUGGAAAUGCAGCCAAAACUAAAGAAAGUGAUGGAUAUAAGCGUUCAUAUAUAGGAAAGGAUAAUAAUAGAAAGGGGUUAGGGAUAGUAGUAAAUAAAAAUUCAAGAGAAAUUUGUAGAUGUUAAGAAAGCAAUUGAUAGGAUUUUAUUAAUAAAACUUGUGUUAUGAGAGGAUAUGAUCAAUGUAAUUAGUUCAUAUGUGCCACAGGUAGGGUUAGAGGGUAGAAUCAAAAGACAGUUUUGGGUGAAUAUGGAAGGACUAAUGAAGGAAUUCCAAACGGAGAGAUGAUAUUUGUAGGAGGAGACUUGAACGAUCAUGUAGGAAAAGAAAAUAUAGGAUGUGAAAGCAUACAUGGUCAUCGGUUUUGGGAGAAGAAAUGAGAUGGGGUAUGCACCUAUCAUUGAUUUUGCUAUGGCAUAUGGUAUAGCUCUAGCAAACACAAAUGUUAAAAAGAGAGAUUAACAUUAAUGACUUUCAAAAGUGGAUCAUAUGCAUGCCAUGUGGCUUUCUUUCUACUCAGGAAGACGGAACGAUCAAUAUGCAAGGACUACGAAGUGAUACCUGGAGAGACUUUGACUGCCAACUUAGGUUAGUGGUUAUGGAUAUUAUUUACAUUAAGAGAUGGAAGAAAGGGAAAGAAAUUAGUAGGUGUCCAAAAAGUGGUAGAACUUAAAAUGAAAGAACUUAUUAAAACAAACACACACGCGCACACGCACGCACGCACAAUGCUAUUCAGAAAUGAAUUGAUGGAAGAAGAAAAGUGAAAUGUUGAGGAAGAAGUAAACGUUAUGUGGAAUGAGAUGAUCAAGUGAGUUAAGAAAGUGACAAAGUAUGUUUUAGGAGUAUCUAGAUGGAAAAGCCAAUCAUAUAAGGCAACUUGGUGGAGGAAUGACGAUGUAUAAAAAGCUAUUAGAGACCUUUCAAUAAAUAAAUAAGAAGCUAUUAGUGAGAAAUGUGCACGUUUCAAAGCCCGACAAGGGACUAAAAACAAUUAAAAUCUUGAACAAAUUAGAAAUGCCAAAAAUAUUGCUAAGAAAGUAGUGAGCGAAGCCAAACUUAAGGCUUAUGAUGACUUCACAAUAGAUCUGGAACAAGAGAACAUGAGAAAGAUGUCUUUGAACUUGUAAAAAUGAGAGAAAGAAAGAGUGUAGGGACUUAAGAUCAUGUUAGAUGGAUUAAGAGCGAUGACUUGAGGAUACUAGUCCUGGACAAUGUGAUCAAUGAAAGGUGGAGAAGCUAUUUUCAAAACUUAUUAAAUGACAAUCACUUUGAGAGCAUAGAGAUAGAAGGAACUAUAAGCUCAAAUAACGUUGGAGUCCAGAGAUGCUUUCGUAGGAUUAGGGGAUAUGCGAAGUGAAAGAAGCAUUGAGAAAGAUGAAAACAGGAAAUGCCUUUGGACCAGGUGGUAUACAAUAGAGGUUUGGAAGUGUAUGUGAAAUACUGGGUCAUUUUAGUUGUCAAAUUUGUUAAACAAGAUUGUAAGAUGGGAGAAAAUACCAGACGAAUGGAGGAAAAUUACUGUGGUACCUAUUUAUAAGAAUAAAGGAGACAGAGCUGCACUAAUUAUCGUGGGAUUAACUCUAUGAGCCAUACUAUGCAAGGUAUUCAAUAACAGUAACAUUGGUUUUAAUGGCCGCAUUAAUUGCUGUCACAAUAUGAGCCAUUACAGCCUAUAACGUUCAGCAUUUUUGAAAGAAAUAAAAUGUAUUGGCCCCAUAACGGAUUGUCAUGGGCUGUUCUUUUCAGAAUGAGCGUUACAAUUACAUAACAUGCAAUGGUUCUCAUUAUUACUGUUACAUUACGACAGUUGCGGCUGUCACCAUUAUGUUUUUGAAUACCUUGCUAUGAAACUUUGGAAAAGAUUGAUUGAGCAAAGACAAAGGCAUGAGCUGAAUGUAUCAGAAAAUCGGUUUGCUACCAAUUGGAGGAAUAUAGGGAGAGGAGGAAGGAUCUCCACACAGUCUUUAUUGACUUGGGUAGAGCUUAUGACAAGGUCUUUAGAGUGUUAAUCUGGUGGGUGUUAGGAGAGGGAGGAGUUUCAUGAGGACAUAUUGACGUGAUUAAGGAUAUAUGCAUGAUGCAGUAGUAACAAAUGUGAAGACGACUGGUGGGGACACAAGUAGGUACCCGAUAACUGAGGCUUGCACGAGGGCUUGGCAUUGAACCCAUACCUUUUUGCAUUGGUUAUGGAUGUGUUAACAAGGCAUUUGAGGAAGAGAUCCUAUGGUAUGUAUUGCUUGCAGAUGACAUCAAACUAAGCUAGAUUUAUGGCGAGGUACUUUAUAA